ACUACUGGAACGCGAGACCGUUUCGGGUGGCCCAGAACCAAGCCAGCACAGGAGGCCGGAAGCCACAGGGCACAGAGCGCCGAGAGCGUGGGCCCGCAACCCCACUUCCGGGGGGCGGAGAUGACCUCGCCGAGGUCCUUUGCGCGCACAACCGGAACGACUUUGGCUCCUUCCGCCCCCUGACCUUUGUCCUGCUGGGGGCGGGACUUCCCCCCACGGCCAUUGGUAGUCCUGCAGAUGGACAGGGCUCCAAGGUGACAGGCGCCCGUGUCCGCCCGGGCGUCCCCGCUCGCGUUUGCAGAGCUUACUUCCUGAUCGGCGGCGUGGGUUCGCUCCCGGGCUCAGGGAGGGCCAUGGAGGCGGCCCGGAAGGCGCCGGGUGCUUUUCCUCGUGUGUCGGCUGCGGAGCGCCCUGCCGAGGACCAGCAGCUUCCUUCCUACGUCCCCGAGCCCGGCUUCCCCGAGAGCGGAUGGGGCCGCCUCCGGCAGCUGUUUGUCAAAGAUGAACAGCAAAGAAUAUCAAAGGAACUUGAGAAUAUUUAUAGGGCAGCAGUUUCGGCAGGCAUCAUUGGCUGGGCCUACGGGGGAAUACCAGCUUUCAUUCAUGCGAAACAGCGUUACAUUGAGCAGAGCCAAGCAGAAGUUUAUCACAACCGGUUUGAUGCUGUGCAAUCUGCACACCGUGCUGCCACACGCGGCUUCAUCCGCUACGGCUGGCGUUGGGGGUGGAGAACCACGGUGUUCGUGACCAUAUUCAACACAGUGAACACUGGCCUAACUGUAUACAGAAAUAAGAAUGCCCUCAGCCAUUUUGUCGUGGCAGGAGCCGUCACAGGAAGCCUUUUUAGAAUAAACCUAGGCCUGCGAGGCCUGGUUGCUGGCGGCAUAAUUGGAGGCUUGCUAGGCACUCCUGUCGGAGGCCUGUUGAUGGCCCUUCAGAGGUACUAUGGUGAGACCACUCAGGAGAGGAAGCAGAAGGACCAGAGAGCACUGCAUGAGCUGAAGCUGCAGGAAUGGAAAGCAAGAUUGCAAUUUACAGAGCUCCUCCCUGGAGAAAUUGAAAGUAACUUACAGAAAGAUAAAUCCAAGGAAGAUGCUGAGAAAAUUGAAGCCCUGCUAAAUCUUCCUAGAAAUCCUUCGUCAACCAAUAAGCAAGACAAAGACUGAAAAGGUCCUGAGCCUUGGAAAGUUGUUGGAUGUUGGAGCGCUGUAUUGCCAUGCAGUACCAUUGCCUGAUGACAUCUGUCACUGCUGGCACCUGGGCAGGCAGUGAUUUUUCCUUUUUCAGUUUUGUUUUCUGACUAAGACUUGGGCUGUUGUACAUUCAUACAUUUAAAUACAUAUUUACAUGUAUUGGUCUGUUUCCCAUGUCUAUACUGGUGGAUAAAUAUGUGUUUCUA